AUCAUCAUCACAAUCCAAACUAUCUCUCUCUCUCUCUCUUCUCUCACUUACAUCUCUCUCUCUCUCUCUAACGGCGAGGCAAUGGGUUUUCCGGUGGGUUACUCCGAGCUCCUUCUCCCAAAGAUCUUUCUUUACUUGCUCUCUUUCUUAGGUCUGAUCCGUAAACUCGUCUCCACAAUGUUCAAGGUCAUUGGUCUACCUGACUUCUUAGAACCAGCUGAACCGGUCUCAACCUCAUCAUGGCCAGAGCCACCACCACUAACCUUGACCAAACCGGAGUCAGCAGCGAUACUAGCCGGAGAGAUGUUGCCGGUUGUUAGAUUCUCGGAUCUAAACCGACCCGAAUCCGAAUGCUGUGCGGUGUGUCUAUACGAUUUCGAGAACGAGGACGAGAUCCGACGGCUGACGAACUGUAGACAUAUAUUCCAUCGGGGGUGUUUGGACCGUUGGAUGAUGGGUUAUAAUCAGAUGACGUGUCCGCUUUGUCGUACGCAGUUUAUACCUGAUCAUCUUCAACUUGAGUUUAACCAAAGGCUUUGGUCUUCUCAAUCUAGUGAAGCUUCUUCUCAACUUGUUGAUGAUGAUUAUGAUUCAUCAUAUCAGGAGAGAGAAUAUUUUUAUACUUAAUUUAAAUUUUUGUUAGUACCUUUUUUUUUUCUUUCUAGAAUUGGGUUUGGUGGGAUAUGGAUUGUAAAUAUUAAAAAGGAAAAAAAAAUAGUUAUAGUGGUUACAGGUUUAGUGAAAAAAAAAA